CCCUGAAAUACUCCGUUGCCGAGAGAAGCACCGAGCUAGGAAUGAUUCUGGGAUUCAAACCAAGCCCAUCUUCGAAACGGUCCGUUUUGAUUUCUGCGUUUCGGCUCCCAAUCCGUACUCUAACGUUCUUCCACCAGUCGCCGCUGAUGAGUUUUCCAUUGAAUUGAGCCUCAAGUUCCGCGUCAAUUUGCAAGUUUCGGCGUUUCUUGUUCUUUUUAUCUUCUUCAAGAUCGUCGAUCUGUUUGUUAGGAGGGGGAUCUUGGAGCUUCGGAUCUGAGGAUUUUUUAUUUUUUUGACUUUUUGUGCCUGGAGCUAGGAGAGAGAGAUACAGUGGUUGUUAUAAACGAUGCCGUCUCACGCGGAUCUGGACCGUCAGAUUGAGCAGCUGAUGCAGUGCAAGCCUUUGUCGGAGGCGGAGGUGAAGACACUGUGCGAUCAGGCGAGGGCGAUACUGGUGGAGGAAUGGAACGUGCAACCGGUGAAAUGCCCUGUAACGGUGUGUGGGGAUAUUCACGGCCAGUUUUAUGAUCUCAUCGAGUUGUUUCGGAUAGGAGGUAGUGCUCCGGAUACCAAUUACCUCUUUAUGGGCGACUAUGUGGAUCGUGGCUACUAUUCUGUGGAGACUGUUACACUUUUGGUGGCCUUAAAAGUUCGCUACAGAGACAGAAUCACAAUUCUUAGGGGAAAUCAUGAGAGCCGUCAAAUUACGCAAGUGUAUGGCUUUUAUGAUGAAUGCUUGAGAAAAUAUGGAAAUGCCAAUGUCUGGAAAUACUUCACGGACUUAUUUGAUUAUUUGCCUCUGACUGCCCUUAUUGAGAGUCAGAUUUUCUGUUUGCAUGGAGGCCUUUCACCUUCUUUGGAUACACUAGAUAAUAUUCGGUCCCUGGAUCGCAUUCAGGAGGUUCCGCAUGAGGGACCCAUGUGCGAUCUCCUGUGGUCUGAUCCAGAUGACCGUUGUGGAUGGGGCAUAUCUCCCCGUGGUGCAGGAUAUACAUUUGGACAGGACAUAGCUUCGCAUUUUAACCACACGAAUGGCCUCUCCUUAAUUUCUAGAGCUCACCAGCUUGUCAUGGAAGGAUAUAAUUGGUGCCAGGAGAAGAAUGUCGUGACUGUAUUCAGCGCUCCGAAUUACUGUUACCGGUGUGGGAAUAUGGCUGCGAUACUGGAAAUAGGAGAGAACAUGGAUCAGAAUUUUCUGCAGUUUGAUCCAGCUCCCCGGCAGGUCGAGCCUGACACUACACGCAAGACUCCAGAUUAUUUUUUGUAAUUUCUUAUGUUUCCCAGACACUUGUUGUCACUUUUUUUCCUGCUGCGAUUAUAGAUGUGUCUUUUAGAGUUUAUCUUCUUCAUAAUUCUUUCUUCUGGAGUUUGUCAUCAUCGUCUGUUGCUGCUGCUGCUACUGUCUUGUCUGCGCAAGAAAAAGAAACCCAUAGGAGAACUGGCAGAAGCCACCAGUUGGUGUUGUAUAUUUUUGAGAGGAGGAAGCAGCCUUAACAUGGUAUAAACUGGUUCUGAAAUUUUAUAUAUAUAUUUUUUUCAAUCUCAGGGUAGAGCCAAUUUUUUUGUGACCUGGCAGUCAUGUCCAUUUGAGACUAAAUGGUUGUCCCAACUCCUUAAAAAACGAAGUGCAGGUAUUCAUUUA